AUGCUGACCGUUGUACAGACCGUUCUGUUUGCCCCGGGCACAGUCGUCGAUCAGAUCUUCCCUUAUACCGGCCAGUCCGCGCAGGACUAUACUACUGAUCGUUACAAGAACAAGGGCAGCGGGCGGUUUGAAUCCAACUACUUCGAGUCAGAGCUAGGAGCCCGCGGGCUGAUCAACUCGAACGUUGGCCCGGCUCUGAAGAGUUUCCCGUUCUAUGAAGAUGCUUCCACUAUUCACGAUGCUAUCGAAAGGUUCAUGGCCACUUUCGUGAACUCAUUUUAUGCCACGAAAAAAGCUAUCACAAGAGAUGCAGAACUCCAGGCGUGGGUCACUGAAGCGCAAGGUCCUGCUGAAGCCAUUGACUUCCCAUCGAUCACGAGCAAUGGCGAUCUGAUCGAUGUCUUGACCCACAUUGCACAUCUAGCAUCAACCUCGCACCACACAGUCAACACCAACGAACUGAUCGACAUUUCAUCCACUUUGCCGUUCCACCCACCUGCCCUCUACAAGCCCAUCCCGACCCGCAAAGGCAUCAAAAACGUAGCGAACUACCUCCCACCAUUCAACCAAGUCCUGACCCAAUUCGCCGUCGGCGCCUUGUUCGCACGUCCAAAGUUUGUCGGCAGCAAACGAGCACUGUUACACAUGUUCGACGACCCCAACAUGCUCGACCGCAUGAACCCGAAGACACGGAAAGCAGCAGCGAAGUUCAAGAAGGACAUGCAAGCGUUCAGUGCCGAUGUCAGCGGGAGGACGUUCGACACGGACGGGUUGAGCCAGGGUAUGCCGUUUGUGUGGCGGGCGUUGGAUCCGAAUGUUGCGCCGUAUUCUAUAACGACUUGA